AUGGCGGGCAUGCCGCUGGCGGGGUUGCGCACCCCGCUGCGCGCCCACGGACGCUCGGCGGCCGCCCACACCCCUCCCCUCGUUGCCAGGGGCCUGACGCUCGAUCCCUCGCGACGGCGGGGGGCACUGCCCAAGCAGGCCUGGCAAUGGCGUGUGUGUGGCACAUCUGUGGAAUCUGUUGAUGCUGUUGUCAAGAACCUGGAGGAAAGAGCUGGAGAAACGGGGCUGCGGGCCACAAGAGAGGAACUCAAGAAUGAAAUAGAAUUGAUGGUGAAUGCUGGGAAGGAACAGGGGAAGGACGUCGUGGUGAAGGAGUUCUUGGCUGGCGAAUUCGUUGAGAUUUGCAGUACUGAAUUCAAAAAUGCCACUAUGGAUGGCAAGAGCACCUUGGGGCAGAUGAGCUUCAACAACUGGGAGCCCAAAGAAGAGGAGACGCUCAUUGAGGGAGGGGUGAAUAUACGCGGAGAUGCUGGUGGUUCCAGGGAGUACCGAACUGAUAUUUUUUUCAAGCUGACCAACAGUGGCAUCCAAGGAAGGAAUGCAGUUGCUGGAUCGUACGAGUUUGACGAAGAGGAUCCAUCAAAGAUCCUUGUCCAAUUUUCUGAACUAAGAGUGUCUCCCAAAUCAUCUGACCCCUCCGACGUUGAAGCCUGGAAGGCACAGCUGGGCCCUCACAACCCAACGAUGGGUGACGACGGUUCCAUAGUUGUCUCAUUCGACAAAGCUCCUCACGCCUACCUGAAGUUCGUUUACAUGGACAAGGAUCUGCAAUGCUUCGAGACUCAAGCUGGGACCUUUCGAAUGCUGAAGAGAAAGGCGUGA